AUGCUUCUCAAUCAAACCUCUUCUCUCGUCCGUUCCUCCAAAUUCAGACAUUUGAAUGGUCAUGAAUCAACCAAGAGUGAACGUCACGAAAACAUUCCUGUGGGUUAUGGUCAAAAAUUAUCCAAUACCUUAAAAACAAAUGGAACACUCUAUGUAUUACCUUACCAGUCGACGGGUGGUAGUCUUCUCUCCUACAAGAGAGUCAAUGAUUAUGGGAAAUGGGAUGAAAAGAUUCAAAAUUAUGGACUCAUCAAAGCUCAUAAAGGAAAAUUAUCAGAUUUUGAUUUAUCACCAUUCCGAGAUCGAAAUGAUUUAUUGACAGUCUCCAAUUCUGAUAAUACCAUUCGAUUGUGGAAAUUAAAUUGUUCAGAAGAAGAAUCGACAAUGAAUUACAAAAUAUUAGAAGAUUGUGAUUUGGAAUUGAAUGAUCCCAUCAUUACAUCCUCUCAUUCCAAUAUUUCCAUGAUUAGUAAGGUUGUUUUUCAUCCCUAUAUUGAGAAGAGUAUUGUGAGUGUUCAAGGAGAGUACAUGUAUUGGUGGGAUUUGGAAAAACGAAAAAUUCACUUGUCCUUACGUCAUCAAAAGACCUUUUCAUCAACAACAUCAUCAACAACAAGUACUACAUCUUUGAUCACCACUGAGAGUGUCUCAUGGAAUGACAAUGGUCAAUGGAUGAUUUGUGGUACAUCGGAUCGUUUCAUUCGUAUCUAUGACAUUCGAAGUGGUUCUCAGGGUGGUGGUGGUGGUGGUGCAUCAUCAUCAUCCUCUUCAUCCACUGCAGCUGUUCAAUUCGUAGAAGCUCACUCCAGUAUGAAACCUUUUCAAGUUCUUUACAACAAUGGUACUCCCUAUGUCACAAGUGUGGGUUUUUCCAAAUCAGGUUCACGUGAAUGUGCACUCUAUGAUACUCGAAAAGAUUUGAAAUGUUUACAACGAGUUCCAAUUGAUAAUGGUGCAUCUGUAUUGACACCUUUCUAUGAUCCAGAUAUUAAAUUACUCUAUUUGGCAGGAAGAGGAGAUGGUAAUAUUCGAUUCUAUGAAUUAGAAGGUGGUACUCUUCAUUAUUUGAAUGAUUACAAUUGUUCUUCAGGUGCAAGUGCAAGUGUGGAUUGGAUACCCAAAUGGAAAUUAUCUGUCAAUGAUUUUGAAUUGGCACGUUUUCUUAGAUUAACCAAUGACAAGACAAUUGAAACUCUAUCCAUGAGAGUGAGUCGAAAAUCCAAUAUUGAACAAUAUUUUCAAGAAGAUAUAUUUCCAGACACUUGGGAUGGAAUGCCAGUGUGUGAGAGAGUGAGUGAAUUUGAGAGAAUUUCUCAGAGUGGUGGUGGUGGUGGUGGUGGUGGUCAUAGUAGUAGUGGUCAGAGUGGUCAAAGUGAUGACAAGGAUACUCUUUCAUCAUUGAGGAAAACCAUGUCAUUGAAACCUGAAGGUAAAAUUUCAAUUUAUGAUGUACCAGUGAGUGAGGGAGGAAAAGUGAGACCCUCAAGUGCUGUAACUACAAGUGCUAGCAACAACAAUAGUAGUAGUAGUAGUAGCAACACGAGUGAUGACACUCAUGCUACCGCUACGACGAGUAGUACCAUGACGACAGUCACCAAGAUACCCUCUCUGAGAUCUCAACUUGUGAUUGGCGCCAAUCAAGAUUCGACGACUCUCUUGUCCCCAACAGAAAUUACGAGACAAUCUCUCUCUCUCUCGAUGGCAUCAUCGAUAGCAAGGAAUUCUGCACUCGCUGCAGCCAAUCGACCAUGGUAUUCUAAAUUAUUCUCUGGUCUAGGUUAUUAUGUAGGAAUGGCCAUGUUCUUACUCUUUCGAUUUACUUUCAUUUCCAUACCUGUAUUUGUCUAUAGAAAGACCACUGGAUAUCAACCACCACCACCACCACUACAGGAGAGAUUUGAGCGGCAAGUGCCACCCAUGGUGAUGAGCAGAAUGUCAACAGCAGCAACAACAGCCUCACACCACAAGUCUUCCAUAAACACUACCACCACCCCUUCCAAGCAUCAAGUAGUAGCACCCUUGAAUGAUUCACCUACGUUGAGUACGAGUACUAGCACAAGUACCACCUCUUCAACGACUCCAAUCUAUUCCAAAGAAGGAAUGGAAAUUGCACGUGAAUAUGGUCGAAUGAUCAUGCAAGAAUAUAUUGGUUCACUCACUAGGGAUGACAUCUUUCCUAAAAGAGCCAUGGAUAAGGAUCCUCUCUUGAAAAAAUCUCAUGUUCUUGAAAUUGAUGUAGUGGAUGUGAAAAAGGGUUCAACUCCUCUCUUGAUAUGGGUGAAAGGUAGAAAGAAAGCAAGAGCCACAUGGGUUCCAUUGCAUUGGUCUUCUCUCAACCACAAUGAUUGUUUCUUAUUGGAUACUGGUAAAAUUGUUUAUAUCUAUAAUGGACAAUAUUCGAACAAGUUGUGUCGAGCCAAAGCAUUGGAUAUGAGUCAAAUGAUUAAAUACAAAGAGAGAGGUGGAGAUUGUCAAGUGGUGAUUAUUGAUGGUGGAGUGUACACUAAUUUGACUAAUUCGACCAGUUCCAAUUCGACCAGUUCCAACUCGAUCAACACUUCUUCUGACUUGACUCCACUCCUCAAAAAACAAAUGACUCAAUUUUGGACCUUGUUAGGAGUGAGUGAUCCUCUCGGCGGAGGACCACCUCCCACUGAAGACUCUUUUAUGAAAUUACUCUCUGAACAAUAUCCACCUGUGGAGAGAGUUCAAAUGAAAUCUUCAAACACAUCCUCUUCAACACACACAUCCAAUGUCUUUUCCAAACUCAAACUAUCUGAAAAGAGCAAGUACAUGUGUCAAGAUGAAAUCUCUGAUGACUUGUAUCAACAAUUGAAUGAUCUUGGUCAACGUCUCUACAAAUUAAAUUCAGAAAUAUUUGAAGAAAUGCCACUCCAAAUUGAGAAACAAGAAACACAAGAUGCAUAUAUUAAAAGAAUUGCACCUCACAUGUUGAGUGUGAUUAAAUUGAAUCAAGUACCACAUGGAGAAAUGGAAACACUCUCUCAACUCAAAGAAUGUAUUGAAAAAGGAGAAUUGAAUCAAUUAGAAAUUAUUCAACCAAGUCAUCAUGUCUUACACUCCGAUCAAUGUUAUAUAUUUGAAUCUCUCUUCACUAAUGAAGUAUUCUUUUGGAGUGGAAAACAAAGUAAUAUUAAUAUUAGAAAAUGGGGAAUUGCCAUUGCAAAGAAAUUGGCACAAUAUAGAGCAAGGAAUGAUACUCCAUUUUCACUCAUGAAUCCAGUCAUUCAACGAGCGAGAAGGAGAUGGUCUACAAGUAAUUUGAGUAGUAUGAGUAGUAAUAGUAGUAUGAGUAGUACGAGUAAUAAUAGUAAUAAUGGCAGUUUCUUCAUAUCUACAGUCACACGUGUCAUUGAAGAAGGUGAACAUUCCAUGUUCAAACAAAAAUUCAGUGAUUAUCCUGGAAUGUUAAUGAUUCAAACUCAACAUCAAGAAGCCUCACGUGGUAACAUUGCUGAAAAGAAGAAACAACAAAAAAUUCCAUUUGAAGAAUUAUUGAAACAAAAGUAUGCAUCCAUGAUGAUGAUGGUUUCACGAAAAGACAUGAAUGGUGGUAGUGGUAGUGGUGAUCCUUUCAUGAAUCAGCAACACCAAAUAUGUAAUUCCAAAAUUAGAAUGUGGCGCGUGAGUGAUUUCCAGAGAAUACCCUACUCUCAUAUUGGACACUUUUUCAGUGGUGAUGCAUUCAUUCUUCUCUAUUCUUAUACCAAAGUAGAGGGUGGUAAACCAUUCCAUAAACUCUUCUUUUGGCAAGGUAGAGAUAUUAAAAAGAAAGACAAGGGAACCUCAGCCUAUAAGACUGUGGAAGUGAAUGAAAUGAUUGAUGAAGGUGUUGUAGAACAACAAGUACGUGUGAUUCAAGAUAAGGAACCACCUCUCUUUAUGGAUUUAUUUCUAACUGGAGGAGCACUAGAGAGUAGUGGUAGUAGUAGUCGCAUCACCACUCAAACCACCACCACCACCACCACAGAGGACAAGUUGAAUCAACCACAUAGAGUUCCCUAUGUGGUUCAUAAGGGUAAAUAUAGAGAAUCUGUUUUGGAAGCAUUUGAAAAGGCUCAAAAAGGAAUGAGCCAAAAGAAUGUGUCAAUCCUUCGAGGAUCCUCUUCCUCUACAUGGUCAACAAGUAAUAGUAAUAAUAACACUCCAUUGAGUGAACGUGAAUUGGCCAAUAAUGAGGAUGAAUUAUUCUUCAUUCAGGAUUCAACCACACCUACCACUCCUUCAGAAUCACCAGCAAGUGCAACAGCAGUAGCAUCAUCCUCUUUAUGGGACGAUGAAACUGCUACAAGGACUUCCACCCGUAGUAGUAGUAGUAGUAGUAGUCCAAAUACGACCACCACCAGCACUAGCACCACGAGCACUUCCACGAAUACGUUGACUACUACUACAGUCAGCACCAGCACCACUUCAUCAUUGGACAAGUGGAAGGACAAUAACAACAAUUGUACUUCAAAUCAUAGGAUUACCACAGAGACAUCCAUGAGUACUCAGCCCCCAAUCAAACUCUUCUCCAAUCUCAACAAGUCUAAUUUAGAUGACAACAAUGAAAAGAAAUAUUCACCACAAGUCUUACAAUUCCAAAAAGAAAUGAUUCAACAAAUAGCAAUGAAAUCACUCUUUGAUCCAUCCAAUAUAACACUUCAUUGCUAUGAUAUUCGAGAUGGUCGAGUGUGUGAAUGUGAUGAUUUACAUCCUGUAUAUUUAAAUCCAUUCCAUGCCAUGAUAUUUUCAAAUUAUAAUUUUGUGGUGGCAUUGCAUCGAAAAGAAUUGAACAUUCAGAAUAGUAGUGUUGGUGAUAAUAGUAUUGGUAGUGGUAGUAUUGGUAGUAUGGAUGUUGCAGCAUCUCCAUCAUUGAGUAGUACUACUAUGGAUCCAAGUCAUCAUCAUCAUCAUGAACAGGAAGGUAAACAACAACAACAAUUAAUUGUCUAUUAUGGACCUUAUUGUCCAUCUCAUGAAAAGAAGUUCAUUGAAAAUGAUCUCUUGAAGGAAUUAUUUUCAUCCUUAUUCUCUCGAGAGAAUGUUAUUUUCAUUGAUCAUUCACAACAACAACAUGAGAAUGCCAUUGAACAAUUGUCCAAAUAUGUCUUUAAAUCAAGUAUUGAUCCUUACUUUGAACCAUUCUUGUUGAGAUUUAAGAAUUAUUUUAGCAUGCAAAAAGAUCAUUUAAAGAAUUCAACAACUCGUCUGGCUACUACUUUAACUACUCCAACUCUCUAUUCCAUUAAUGAUCAUUCAGGUGAAUUUACAAUGACUCCCAUUCCACAUUAUGGUGAAUCUGAUUUGUCAUCGACACAAGCUUAUAUUUUAGAUGCUCUCGAUCUCGAAGAACAAGUUUAUGUAUGGAUUGGAAAGUUAUGUCCUACCGAGACAAAGAAAUUUGCAUUGGCAAGUGUUUUGGAAUAUUAUCAUACUUGGAAGUGCCAACAACAACAACACGAUUCAUUCUAUACGAAAAAGAAUCAUUUUCAGAACAAUGAAGAUGACUUUGAUCCUACAUCAUUGGUCAAGAAAGAAGAUGAAAUGAAUUUACGUGUGGUUACAGAAUUAGAAGAACCACCAGAAUUUACAAGACAUUUCCUUGCAUGGUCUACAUCAUCCACUUCUUUCAAGGUUCGAUACAAACAAUCCAAAGAUCCAAAUGUUAUUUCUAAAGGUUUUGUUAAAACACCUAGAACUCCAAGAAGAACCACUCAUACACACCAAAUCAUCAAGUCCUCAUCAGUCGAUCAAGAUCAUUCCUCAGGAGUCUAUGAAAUUGAACAUUGUCCAACUUGCACCAGUUUGUAUAACAAAUUAUUCUCUCAUCAGACUUAUAGUUACAAGGUUCUUACAAGUGGAUCAUUGCCAGAAGGUAUUGACAAGUCUAAAUUGGAGACUUAUUUAUCGAAUGAUGAAUUUAUUAAGGUAUUUGGAAUGGACAAGAAGAAAUUCUCUCAACUUCAGACUUGGAAACAAACCUCUCUCAAGAAGGAAAAGAAUUUAUUCUAG